AUGUUACAUUUUCAUUCAUUUUUCAAUGUUUUAAAACGUGGGCUCUGUCUUGCUAAUAAAAAAAAGCUCACCGUAAUACCAUUUACUCGUGUAGGACAUAAAAACUGGCAGAAACGACUUUAUCACAAUGUUCCCACCUUAAGCGAGACAAACUUGGAACCACUUUUCUCUAAAGAAGGCUACAACCUUGCAUGGACAAGUCAUCAGUCCCAGGUUAUAAAGGCUCUAAAUGAUAGAACCAAAGGUACUGAUAUGGAAGAUCAAUCUGUGUUUAAGAUUUUAUUAAGAACGGCUUCUCUCCCAGAACAAGCCGCAACGUUUCAAUAUGCCAGCCAAGCAUUCAACAAUCAUUUCUUUUUUCAGUCACUUUCGGCUUCUCCAAAGAAGCACGUUUUGUCAAAGUAUCCGAAACUCCAUAAUCUUAUCCAGACGACAUUUGGUUCGUUAGACACAAUGCUGGAAAAAAUCACGCAACUGGCAAACAACACAUUUGGUGCUGCAUGGAUAUGGCUAGUUAUGGAUGAUUUUGAGCAGUUGAAAAUUAUACGUACAUUUCAAGCAGGAACGCCAUUCGUCCAAGGUCGAUGGCAGUCAUUAGAUCCACAUUUGGUGCCUGAAACACCAGAUGUGGAAAUGCAAACGCGUGAGUACUCCAUCGUGCCGCUGCUGAAUUUAUGUCUUUGGCAACAUGCCUAUUUCAUUGACUUCGGACCCACUGGUUUGGAUGAGUACAUCAUAACCUGGUCAAAAAUGAUUGAUUGGUCUGUCAUUCAAAAUCGUUUCGAAAUUGCCUGUAUGCCCUAG